AUGUCCUCUGAGAUAGCAGAGAAAGGCAAAAUUCAGACGGUCUCUAUCGAUAAAACACCGAUUCCGGCAAAAAGCAACGUACACUAUGUCAACCGCAAUGGUGAUCGCACUCCGGAAUCCUUUGAUGAAGAGCUCAUCCCCGGCUAUGAUCCCACGCUGAUGCGAGCACGUGCAACGCUCAGCAGUGCAGAGGAAAAAAAGCUUCUACGACGAAUUGAUUGGCAUCUGAUACCACUCUUGGCCGUUAUGUAUAUGGUAAAAAGUGUGGAUUUCACCAAUGUCUCAUACGCCCGUAUUAUGGAUAAAGACACACCCCAUAACAUCUUGACAGAGUUGAAAAUGACUUCAGAUCAGUAUAAUCUGGUUACAACUAUACCGGAUGAGGUUGCUCCAAGGAUAGUUCUUGUCACUAUACUUGGGAACUUUAGUACUGUAAUCAGUGGCGUCCUUGCAUUUGCUUUUAAUGGUGUCAUCGCUGGUGGUCUAUCUGGAUGGAAAUGGCUGAUAUUAACGGAAGGAAUCUUCACGGUCUUACUGGGGAUCUUCACCUAUUUUUUCCUACCUGAUUUUCCUUCAACUGCAUCCUGGUUGUCCGAAAAAGAAAAGUCCUUUACUCAAGCCCGCUUACCGAGCAACUCUCCUCGAGCGGCGGAGGCUAACUUCAAUCUGCGCGAACUAAUAACAACAUUGAAGAACAAGCGGAUCUGGCUGUUCCUCUUCUGCUGGGCCUUCUUUACUAUUGGCACGACGGGACUGACAUUCUACCAACCAACAGUUAUUUCAAAUCUUGGAUUCACGUCCAUGGGUGAAGCCCAGCUUCUUAACAUCCCAUCUGCAGUCUUUGCAGUAAUAUUGACAGUCGCAUUCGGUAUCUUCGCAGAUAGCGGGCGUAUUCCUCAACCAGCCAUACCACUUGGAUUCAUGAUUGUCAUUCAAGCAUGCUAUGGCGUGCUGUAUGCCUUCCCAAACACCGGUGGUGUAUAUGCUGCAACAAUCGUAGCGGGAGGUUUCUCGACUGCAUGGUAUACAAUGAUGUGGCCCUGGCGAGUCCAGACAACCGAGGGCGCAACAGGAUCUGCCUUUGCAAUCGCAUUUGCGAAUAGUUACGGCCAGAUUGGAGGAGCCGUGGGAUCUCAGCUAUUUAAUUCUCGGUUUGCACCACGAUAUACAACCUCCUUUGGAAUUGCGAUGGGAUUUGUUGGUAUGGCUAUCAUUAUGAACCUCAUUACUUGGGGUUUUACCUGGCAGGUGGAUGUUGAUACCAGGAAACUAAAGAGCAUUCGACUUGCGGCGGCAAAAGAGAACCGGGCUGUUUUGGAUGAUGUUGAUAUUCAUUUCACCUUCCCCUCAACGGAGAAUGUCCGACAGCUUGAAGCUCCUACUGUUGUUUUCUUUGACAAAUUCCCUCAUUUCCACUCUUCCAACCCUGUACACAAUGGCAUUCGCACGCAGAUUAGCUAUCAUGCCUGGCGGCCUCGGUACGGACACGAGAUAAACACACGGACGAGAGCUAACUUCUCCACAGGCGGCCUGGGAUCAAGUAUAGGCCAAAAGCUGAGACAACAAGGUGCCCGUAUCGCCAUUCUCUAUGCACCAUUCGAAGCCGCACGUCGCGAUGAGCUCCUCGAAUCCGGGUACGGUGCAGGCGGCAAUCUAGAUGGCGUCCACACCUAUGAAUGCGACAUCACCUCGCCAGACUCUGUGCAGGCGGCCUUCAACUCUCUAGAGAAGCAAUUAAUUGACCCAACCACCUCUUCUUCAUCUGAAAGGGUUUUUCCAAGUAUCCUGAUCAACACAGCUGGAUAUGUAUCUCUCAGCGACAUGGAGAUAACACCCCCUGAAGAAACACUAAAGCAUCUCACGACUAACAUCUACGGCCCGAUGCUCUGCUCUCAGGCGUUUGCUCGACUCUAUUUCGCCGCAUCCAAGACCGCUGAAUCAUCGCCGAGUCCUCCACCGCCUGGAAGAAUCGUCAGUAUUUCAUCUCAGGCGGCACAUGCUGCGCUCCAUCGACAUGGCGCGUAUUGUGCCUCGAAAGCUGGACUCUUGGGUCUGACGCGCAGUAUGGCGUCUGAGUGGGCUGGUCGGGGUAUCACGGCUAACACUGUGUCUCCGACUGUAGCUUGGACUGAACUUGGGAGAAAGGCUUGGGGGGAGGCGAAUGUUCGCAAGGCCUUCUUGGCGAGUAUACCAACAGGCAAGUUUGCACUUCCAGAGGAAGUUGCUGAUUCUGUGCUGUUUCUUUGCCAGGAUUCUAGCGGCAUGAUCAAUGGUGCGGAUAUUAGAGUUGAUGGUGGUUUUACCGUUAGAUAA